AUGUCACAGCGGAUCCGGGAGGAACCGCCGGCGCGUGCCCGCAACGUGGCCCAGCUGCCGCAGGACAUACAAGACUCCAAUGCCAUUAUCAUGACAGUGCCGCAAGCAAAGGGGCUGGAGUUUGAUGACGUGAUUAUCGUUGACUUCUUUAACGACUGCGACGCCAACUCCGAAUGGCGGGUGCUCCGUGUGGUGACGGGUGGUGUGGGGACAGGGGAUGGAUAUCAGUAUGACAUGCAGCGCAGGCGCUGCGUGAGCACGGCAGCUGGCACCGGCAGCAGCAACUGGCGGAGGGCGCCACAGUCGCAACCGCGGCGGCACGCGCCCGCGCUAAAAAAACAGUGGGCACGUGCGGGCAAGCACGCACGGGGGUCGCAAACAGAACAGGAAUCCGGAGCUGCUUCAGCACGCGGUAACCGAGGUGACCAUGUGACCAUACUGGCAGUGCAGGCACUGUGCUGCCGCAAGUUCGGUGACGGAGCAUUCAGUGGCCCCGGGGCUGCCGUUGCCUGGUUGCCCUUUGCCGUUGCUGUCGCCGUUCAGUUGGCCUCCACCGGUGUGGCUGCCGGCGGUGCUGCCGCCAUGGGUGCUGGUGAUGGUGGCGGCACUUCUGCCAGCGCUGCUACCUGCAGCCUGGCCCCCGCCAGCUCUGUCACCCAUGGUGCUGAGGGCAUUGACAGUGACGUCAGUCGGCGCCUGCAGGUCCACAUCCAUGCAUAG